AUGUCCAUCAUCUCUUGCAUUGCUGCUGUGGAAACUACUACUGUGAUCUGGGAAUUUGAUUCUUCACUAACGAACAGCCGCAUCUUGGGAGGAUCACUGGAUGUUGUUGUGGCUGUGUGCACUCUUGCAAUUAAGAUACAAUGCUCAAAUCAACGAAUUGAAUACUUUCAGGCGCUUCAACUGAAGUGUGGAAUCACAACUCCACUCAAGAUCCCUCUUCAUAGCAAUAUUCACUGGGGAACUGCUGAUGGCAUGCUCAGGCAUGCACACCUGUUGCAACAGCCUAUAAAUAUGUUUAUCAAUACUGCAGACAAACUCUUUGGCCCCAUCACUACUAUCCGGCAUCCUGUGCUUGGAAAGAAACAUAUUCCCUGGAUGGCCUUUUCCUUCACAAGUGCUGAUUGGGAGCAAGUUGAAGAUACACGUGUCAUCAUUUCGGACGCUAAUGAAAUCCAGCAAUACUUUUCUUCUGAAACAUGGGAGUGGAAGCGGGAUAUGCCAAAGUAUGUACUCUACAAGGCUGUCAUCGAGAAGGCACUCGACAAGGUUGUUCUUCAACCAUACUAUAAACUUGAAUACAUCAAGAUUGCCUGGGGAGGACCGGAGGAACAAGAACAAGAGGGCGCAGCUGGAAAUCCCAGUGCCAGGGAUUGGCAUGACAAGGACUAUGGAAGACUAUUGGAAGACUCGUAA